AAUCUUCUACUUAGGCAGUUUUCAUUAUCCUUAACACUUACCAAAUUAGAUCAUAACUUGACAUUUGUGUAUAUAGUUAACUGGGAAGAUUCUAAACCAACUUCAAGACACCCCAAUUUUCCCAAAUCUGGACUAUACAGCACCAAAGCAUAUGGCCCAAUUAACAAUUUAAUGGCCCAAAUCAUAAUUUUAGGAGAAAUCCAAAUAUCACAAUUGGAAGAGCACCUUGACUUCAAUCGACCGGCAGUUGCACAUCCACAAAUCAGGGGCAGGAGCAGCGAGGCAGUAGUGCACAGAACAGAGGAAAUAAAAGAAAGAAAAAUUAAAAAUAUAGAACAAGGACAGAUCAGGACGGAGACGAGCAGAAGGAAAAGAGCAACAACACCACAGCAAAUCCGAUUCCAAAAAUUUCUCAAAUCAAAUUCAAGUUCCGACUUAAUCAAUCAAAGAGUUCAACACUUCAAUCCACAAAUUCAACAUCAAUUGCAUUAUUAUAUGUUAACAAAUACUUAUCUAAUCUACGAAUCAAUUCUAACGAGAGAUAAUUCACUCACCUCGAUAUAAUCGAAGAAGAAUACCAAAUUUACCGGUUGGAAUCCGGCAGGAUUUUCCGGUGGCCUUGGAUGACAGAGCAGCGGCAGACCCGCGGUGGUUAGCUCUGGUCUGGCCUCCUGCUAUGCGGCUCUUCUCCCUAGUCCCGCGAUCACGGUAGCGAGGAUGAAGAAGACCCGCUAUGACCGGCGAAGCUCCGGCGUUUACUCCCUCUGGCUGGUUUCUGUCGAACGGAAGAACAAGCACAGAGGUAGUGGAUGGUCAGCCAAUCGCUCGCCGCCGGAAGCCAGAGCUCCUCCCGCCGCCAUCACCGCCGUCGCCUUCCCCAGCCUCGCCGCACCAACCAACAGCGACCAGCGCCGCCGCUGCUUCCUUCGCCUCCAGCCGCCGUCGCCGAGCUUCCAGCCGCUGCUUCGCCUUCGCCGGAAACGAGCGCCGCCGUCGCCCUUUGCACAGUGGCCAUCCGCCGCCGUCGAUUGCAGCACCGCCAGUCGCUGCUCAUCGCCGUCGAACUGCCGCUCCGCCACUGUCGCCGGCGUCCGUCACCGUCGCCGCAUCCGGCCGCUGCCCCGAGUUGAUAUCACCGGCAGAUUAACCCCCACGCCGGAUUGAUUGGUCGAUUUCGUAUUUUGACUCGAUUUGACCCAUUCGGUUGAUUUCGUUGAUUUGUCUUCCGUUCGAGCGAUCGAUUCGAUUUCGACGUAAUCCAGAAACUGGCCAUCGCUCGGGCGGCUGCAGGGCCUAGUGAGUGAGGUUAAGACGUGCGCACGAGGGUCUGCGAUCUUGGGUUUGAGGCCAUCGCCCGAGGGAUCCUACCUCCACCGAAUUGAGGCCAUCUUCGGUAUUACGGAUUGAGGCUAUCUCCGUCAUAGGAAAUAAAUGUUAAGUGGUUUGACUUUGGUGAAAGUCUAAAUUGGUUUGACCGGUGGUCAAAGAGU